AUGUUUGUCAUCGGUUCAACGUCUAAUCCUAAACCAAUACUGCAAUAUAAACAUAAUGUAGAAAGGGAUACUAUCUCUUUACCUGAAGCGUCAUCCCUUGUUAGACGUAGUCGGCAAUGCUCCGGCGACUCCAGCCAUGAUGAAAAGCCUUUGGACGAUGUUAAGAGUCAUGUCUUAGCUGAUGUUGGUUCACUCCCAAGUUCUACAAAUAUCCUAGCAUCUAAUCAGUUGUUAGCUCUGCUGCUAAAAAUUAUAAAGACAAAACAAAGCAAAAAAAAUUAUCCUUCCAGUUCAUUAUACAACAGGAAAAGUGAAAUUUUUCAUCCAAACAUAAGCUGCAACAUGCUAGUUCAAUACCAAAAACAGUUUCCAGCUAACAAUCUGUGGCUAACUUCUAACUUCACUAAACUAAUAUUAACAGAAUUCCUAUUUCCCAACAGAAUCCCUAACUGUCCCAUCUUUAGGUUAAGGUGUUUGGAUGUAGGUUUAGGCCUAACCAUGGAAAAAUCAAAGAAAAUGGAUGGUGGAUCCGUGUUACAGGCGUUGAGACGAAGGCGCGAUGAAAGUUUUCUAUAUAUCUGGUUGGGGAGCCAUCUCAGCCGCCGCCAUGGGCGUGCCAGUGCGAUGGUACGUUCGUUCAUUUUCAAGGAUAUGACCUGA